AUGUCUAAAACUAGCAGUGCAAUUGCGACACCAAUCAUUCAGCGUGAUUACGUUUUGAAACACUUCCCAACUACAGUUAGCUCAACGUACAAUUCAGUUGACUUCAUAAUAGGCUUUGCUACUGAGGACUAUAAUCAAAAUGGAGAAGGCAAAGGUGAUUUCCAUUCUACCUGGGACCUUGCUACUUUCAGUCCUGAAAAGGUCAAAGAACUGAAGAAAAAUUAUCCAGAUGUAAGGGUGGUGAUAAGCAUCGGAGGCUACAUAGGAACUUAUUCUCCAUUCAAUCCCAUUGAGAAAAAGGAUGUGUGGAUUUCAACUGCCGUGUAUUCACUCAAAAAGAUCAUUCAUAUCUAUGACGACAAAUACCAUAGAAACAUGAUUGAUGGUAUUGAUAUUCACUAUGGCAAUGUCAAAUCAGAUGACUUUUCCUACUGUAUUGGAGAAGUUAUAAAGUCGCUCAAAACUGAUCCUCAACUAACCAUUAAAGUGGUGUCCAUUACUGCAGGAGAAUACACCCAAUCAGACUACCUAAAAUUGUAUGUGGAAAACCAAGAGUAUAUUGACAUUGUUCAAUACUUGUUCACCAAUUGGCGAUAUUGUAAGGAAGAUCUUCUAGACUUCUAUAACAAACUGAUAGCUUCGUACACUCCUGCUCAAGUCCUUCCAGGAUAUCUAAACCCAUCUUUUUCAGGUGAUAAAGCUAAAGAGACAGUCAUGUACCUCGUCAAACAGUAUUUGGCCCCUGGUUUUUUUACAUAUCCUUCUUACGACUCUCCUAGCCCUUUCUCCUCUGAGGAAGAUGCUUCAAAAAAUAUCUAA